GCCAUAAGGGCGCUUAGUUUCGAGCGGCAGUGUAAGAGCGAGCGCUGCACUGGCGCUUGCACUCCCGCUUGCACUCCCGCUCUCCGGUGCUCUCCCGCUCCCGGCGAAACCCACCACUCCGCGGUCCAGUUUGGGUUCCUCUUUAGUUUUAACUUAGUUUAACUUAAUCUAAAAUCUGAAGUGAGCCAAUAAAGUGCCAUCCCAUCGUGAAGUCGAUCUCGCCGCUUUCUUCUUUUUUGGACUUGUGGGAAUUUCCAGCUGCAACCACCCCCAUCCAACUUCUACGGCCGACAUCCGCCACGAUAGCCGGGCUUAUUUUUUGGACAACUCCGCCCACUCCAUUUCAUGGUCCUUCGAGCCGGAUCUAUCCUGAUCAGCGCCCCCCUUUGCGGAUUUUUCCAAGAUAAGUACGACUAUUUUCCAAACCUUUCGUCCGUGGUCGCCAUAUUCCUUUUCCAAGGCGUUAUUUCCAUCCGAGUCCAAAUUCCAAGUGAAAAAGUGAGAAGUGAUAUAUAGAUGCCUAUAUACAAGAAUAUAGGUAUAAAAAACAUACGCCUAGCCGCAGUGAAUUUUUUUUCGAUUUUAAAGUGCAAAGUGCUUUGCCAAUAUUGGCCCUCUACAUAGUUUUUCACUGUGAUCCGCUAGUUUCCAAGCGUACAUACAUAUAUAUUCGCAUACAUAAGCUCCCCGCUAUUCUGCGAGCAGCCAAAAUUUUUCCAUCAAAUACAUACAUACAUACAUGAGCAGAGCUUAGCGCUAUUCUGUGCUAAGCAUCGAACUCCAUAUACACACAUACAUAUAUUUGGGCAAUUUUUAUUUUGUCUCCGUUUUGUUCAUAUGCAAGCAUAGGCACUUACACGAUUCAAAUAGUAACGAGCAAAACACACGGCACCAAUCCUACAUCCAUACGGGAAUUCAAAAUCGAGCGCAAAAAAAAAAAAAAAAAUAAUAUUUUUCGAAUAAUCGUCAAAGAAAAUUUCAAGGUCGAUAGCUAUUUUAGAUUCGUUUUUCAGCUAGUUUUUUUUGGCUUCUUUUUUCUUGUGUCGCAAAAGUGGUUAAACUUCGAUUGUGUUCCUAAAUUACAGAAAAAUUUUUGCCAGAGAAUUCCAAAUCUAAAUUCUGCUCCUAGGCUAUCGUACCACCAGCCAUUUAAUUUUUUUGGCUAUUUAAUUUUUUUUUAAAAUUGAUUGUCGAAGUUUUUCUUGCGGUUGAUGUGUCGGUUUUUUUUUUUUUCCAUUGUUUCGGUUGGUUUUUUUUUUGUGUUUAGCUAUUCAGCCUUUUUAGUCGUUUGGGUUGAUUCUCUCAGCGAGAUUUAGCUAUUUUUCGUCAGGGAGCAUUCAGCUAUUGUUUGCUGUUUCCAGAACUCUUAGCUAUAUUUAGCUAUAUUUUUCGUCAGGGAGCAUUCAGCUAUUGUUUGCUGUUUCCAGAACUCUUAGCUAUAUUUAGCUAUAUUUUUGUCAGUGGGCAUUCAGCUAUUUUUUGUUGUUUCCGUAACUCAUAGCUAUAUUUAGCUAUUUUUUCCAAUAAGCGUUUCGUAACCGGUCGCUAUUUUCUAGCUAUUUUUCUAGCUAUAUCAGCUAAUUUGCUCCAAACCGAGUCUGCGGGUCAGUUUUUUAUUCGUUUCCUUAAUUUUUUGGCGGCGGGAAGGCCUUCCGAUUUAAACAGCGUAGCUGAGUAUGCCCGUUGAGGGUGACAAGAAGCCAACGCCGACACCAAAAAAGGAAACAAAGACCACCCUUUCCUCUCCGCUGCCUUCUCGCGUCAAACAAGUGCCCAAGUCCGCUAGCCCGAGACCUAGAAGCUCGAGUGCCACGCCAAAGAUCAGAGAUCGCCCAACGACGGGCUCAAAAACAAGUCCGAGAAUUGUCGUCUCCAAACCGGUGGCGAAAGCGUCGAGCGAAUCUUCACUUGUGGAACAGCCAGAGAAUCCCUCUGCAUCCGGGACUAAAUUUCUGAGGGUCACGCGCGCUAGUAAGAAAAUGUCGGUAGCCGAGCAGCCAACGGCCGCAACCGCUGCGUUGCACAAAUUCAUCGCUGUGAGCGAUCGCGUCAGCGCUUUCGAAGACAAAAUCAAUACUCCUGGUCAGGCUUCGCAAUCUUCACACACAUUUCAAGUCCAUCUGCAGCAAGUGCGAGCCUUAUGGGAGAAGGUUGAAAAAGAGUACGAAAUCUGCUCUGACCUCAUUGCCCAGGAAGGAUCCCUCAGCACCUUACCUCUCCUACAAGCAAAGUAUGACUAUUGCUACUCCGUAUACGCGACAUGUGCAGCUCAGAUUAGCGAAACGCUAGACAGAGUGACGCCUCAAGCCGAUCCAGCUCUUCCCUCUCAACCGCUUAUUUCGUCCGGUUGCCGGCUACCGCCCUGCGAUACAGAAGUUUUCGAUGGGGACUACCUCCGAUGGCCCACUUUCCGGGACCUGUUCACGGCAGUUUAUGUUAACAACCCCAGGCUGACACCGGUCGAGAAGCUUUUCCAUCUCCUCACCAAAACUAGUGGCGAGGCAAAGGCCAUAGUGUCCAAAUCCCCGCUUACAAAUGACGGCUUCGCGUCAGCGUGGGCAGCGCUUCAAGACCGUUUCCAAAACAAAAGACUUUUAGUCAACAGCCAACUCAAGCUUUUGUUCAACUUGAGCUCCAUUUCUCAAGAGUCGGGACAUGCUCUAAAGGAGCUGCAGUCUACGAUUCAGGGGUGUCUAACAGCGCUAGCACAUUCCAAUAUCUCCACUGACAACUGGGAUUGUCUGUUGGUCUUCCUGUGCGCCAGCAAACUGCCAAAGUUAACCCUUUCCUUAUGGGAACAGUCGCUAACUUCGAAGUCCGAAAUUCCGGCUUGGGAGGAGAUGAACACCUUCCUAAGCGAAAGGUAUCGGACACUUGAGGCUAUCGAGGAUAUGAAGCCGACUCAGUCAGUUCCCAAAAGGCUGCAAUCCUUCGAGACCAAGGUCACCCCCAAACAAAAGGGGUGUGACUUAUGUUCUAAGGAAAAUCAUCCAAUCAGAUUGUGCCCGCGCUUUCUCAACAUGUCUGUCGACGCGCGUUCCGGCUACAUCAAAAAGAAGCAGCUAUGCCUGAACUGUUUCGCUAGAGGCCACCAGCUACGUGAUUGCACGAGCACACAUAGCUGUUUCACGUGUAGGGGGAGGCAUCAUACAUUGCUGCAUCGCGGCUCCCCCAGUUCCUCAAGCACGACUUCCUCAAACGCUCGACCCACGAGCUCUCCAACCUCGGCGCCCUCGGCGCAACAAUCCUCCAGUCGCAAUGCAUCCGCGAGCACCUCAACGGUGCAAAAUUAUUUCGCUGCAAAUACUACAGCCGUCCUGCUGAGCACGGCAAUUGUUGACGUGUGCCAUCUGGGCACGAGCUACCGAGCCCGAGCUUUAUUCGACUCGGGAUCGGAAGCCACCUUCAUCUCCGAACGCAUGUUCAAACUCCUUAAGUUGCCUUUCCGAAAAACCCAAACACAAGUCUCAGGGCUAAACCAAUCGGUUUCGGCAGAGUCAACGAGACUCUGCCAGUUUGCUAUCCGCUCCCCUACUAAGCCGGGUCUUCAACUAGAUACCGCAGCCUAUGUCCUUCCGGAAUUAGCGGGCAAACUGCCCUCCCAUCCAGUUCCCAGGAAUUCUUUGCAAGACCUGCCCGAUCUCCAAUGGGCAGACCCAAACUUCUUUGAAAGUUCCCAAAUCGAUUUACUGAUCGGAGCUGAUAUUCUACCGUCGGUGAUGAUGCAAGGCACUCGGAGAAACAUUUGUGGCUCCCUCCUAGGCCAAGAGACCAUCUUCGGCUGGGUACUUACCGGGCCGAUCUCCAAUACUAAGGCCAACAGAGUCGCAUCCUUCACGACUCAAGUACACCACCAAAAGGAAGAUUCGUUAGACUCGCUUCUUAGCAAGUUCUGGGAGGUGGAGGAUCUACCAUUCCAGAUGGUGAAAGAGUCGGAUUCCUAUUGCGAAAGGAACUUCCUCCGGACUACCAAAAGAGACGCAAGCGGGAGGUACGUGGUUACGCUCCCAUUCUGCGACCCCGAAAACUCGGGGUCCGAUCUGGGAUAUUCAAGGUCCAUUGCGUUAGCUCAGUUUCUUCGAAACGAGAAUCGUUUAAAAAGAGACUUUCCGUUAAAAGAGCAAUAUGACAGCGUGAUUCAGGAGUAUCUGGAUCUGGGUCAUAUGCACGAAGUUCCAUCGACUCAUAGUUCCCCCACUUACUAUCUUCCACAUCACGCGGUAAUCAAGCCCGAAAGUACUACGACAAAGCUUCGCGUUGUAUUUAACGCCUCCAGUCCAUCUGCGAAUGGAACCAGCUUAAAUGAUAUUCUUCAUGCUGGUCCAGUCCUGCAAUCCGAUCUGACCAUUCAAAUUCUGAAAUGGCGAUAUUUCCAAUAUGUGUUCAGCGCGGACAUCACAAAGAUGUACCGUCAGAUCUGGGUCGAUCCGAAACAUACACCCUUUCAAAGAAUCCUGUUCCGAGAUAAGGAGGGGGAUAUUCGAGACUUUGAGUUGAAAACAGUUACCUUCGGGGUCAACUGUGCGCCCUUCCUCGCUAUUCGAGUGCUGCAGCAGAUAGCAGAGGAUGUCCAAGGGGCGUUUCCAAAAGCCAGCCACAUUCUUCAACAACAUAUGUACGUCGAUGACGUUCUGGCAGGGGCAAAUUCCAUAUCUGAGGCCCAUAGUUCAAUCCAAGAGCUACAAGCAGCUCUUAGCUCUGCUGGUUUCCCGUUGAGGAAGUGGACUUCAAACCACACGAGCAUACUACAAAAUAUUCCGGCCGAACACCUCCUUCAUAGCGAGUUCCUCGAUAUCGAUACCGAAAGCACGGCCAAAACGCUCGGGAUUCGAUGGAGGGCUAAGUCCGACGAAUUCUACUUCGUGCCGCCAGAAAUAGUGGUGGAACCCUCCUUUACAAAGCGGGAGGUGUUGUCCCAAAUCGCGAGGUUGUUUGAUCCAGCCGGAUGGCUCGCUCCGUUUAUAAUACGUUCCAAAAUGUUUAUGCAGGAGAUUUGGCUACAAGAUUUCAGCUGGGAUGAUAAGCUUCCCAGCGAAAUGAGUCAGAGGUGGCAGGCGUUUCUUCAUGAGUAUUCCGACCUCAACCAGAUCCGCGUCCCGAGAUGGGUCUGUUUUCAGCCUGAGAUCAAAGUGGCGUAUCAUGGAUUCUGUGAUGCGUCCCAAAAGGCUUAUGGAGCGGCGAUCUACGUGCGCGUCGAGGUGGGUCAGAAAAUACUUUCUAACCUCCUCACAUCCAAGACCCGAGUCGCUCCCGUCAAGACCGUGUCCCUUCCACGGCUAGAGCUAUGUGGCGCCGUGUUGUUAGCCGAAAUGGUAACGGCUAUUCUUCCUAAUAUGCCCACACCAAGUUCCGACAUACGCUGCUGGACCGAUUCGACCAUCGUUCUGGCCUGGUUACGGAAGCCGGCGUGCAACUGGACCACGUUUGUUGCCAACAGAGUGGCCAAGAUAACGCAGGCAGUACCAGUCGACUGCUGGGCACACGUUCGAUCCGAACAAAAUUCCGCCGAUUUAGCUAGUCGAGGCGUGUCCCUACUCGAGUUAGCGGAUAGUCAACUUUGGUGGCACGGGCCAGAGUGGCUGCAAGGGCCACAAGAGCUGUGGCCAGCCCAAAGCAUUGUGCAACCGAACACAGAGCUCGAGCAGCGCGCGGUGAAGGUGCAUUUCAGCCAGGUCCCUUCUGACGAAUUUCUCGAACGCUUCUCUAAACUGGACAAAGCACUGCGAGUCCUGGCGUAUGUUCGGCGCUUCCUUAGCCGCUGCCGUAAGGGCGCGAUCUCCUCUACUUCCCGACCCACGAGGGAAGAAAUCCGAGAGGCAGAACAAACGCUGAUUUCCAUCGCGCAACGUCGAGCAUACGGCCAAGAGCUGAAGCACUUGGCAGAGAAGAAGCCCCUUCCGGGGGCAAGUCCAAUUUUAAACUUGUUUCCGUUCACGGACCAACUCGGCCUCCUAAGGGCGUGUGGUCGCGUCACAGCUUCUAGAGCCCUCCAGUAUGAUGAACGGCAUCCAAUAAUUCUGCCCUACGGCUGUAGACUGUCUCGCCUUCUCGUCCAAUUCACCCACCAGAUUACUCUUCACGGCGGUAGUCAGUUGAUCGUUCGCCUGAUCCGAUCGAAGUAUUGGAUUCCUAAACUCAAGAAUCUGGUCAAGGCAGUGGUGAAUCCGUGUAAGAUCUGCACGAUUUACAAAAAGAGACUGCAAACUCAGCUGAUGGGCGAUCUUCCAAAGGACAGAGUGUCCUUCUCGAGGCCUUUUACAUAUACGGGCAUUGAUUAUGCCGGGCCGUUCGAGAUUAAAAACUAUACCGGGAGAGCGUGUCUCAUUACCAAGGGAUAUGUAUGUGUAUUUGUGUGUUUUUCCACGAAGGCUAUCCAUUUAGAGCCGACAUCCGAUCUCACCGCCGAAAAGUUCCUAGCCGCCUUCGCUCGUUUCGUAGCUAGGCGCGGGUGCCCAAGGCGGAUUCAUUCUGAUAAUGGCAAGACGUUUGUGGGGGCAGCUUCUCUACUUUCUCGGGACUUCCUUCAAGCCGUCAAAGAGUCUGUGACUGAUGUACACAGCCAUCAGGGACUUGACUGGCGCUUCAUCCCGCCCGGGGCUCCGCAUAUGGGGGGUCUGUGGGAAGCAGGGGUGAAAAGUUUCAAAACUCUUUUCUAUAAAGCCACGGCUACGCGCAAGUAUACAUUUGAGGAACUUGCGACGCUCCUAGCCAAGAUCGAAGCUUGCCUCAACUCCAGACCCCUAUCCCCGAUGUCUGAAGAUCCCUCCGAUCUGCUAGCCCUCACGCCUGGCCAUUUCCUGAUUGGCGGGCCGUUGCUUUCCACGGCUGAGCCUGAGAUAAAGGGCGAAGCCAAGUCGAUAAUCAAUCGAUGGCAACAUUUGAAAGCCCAACAUCAGCAGUUUAGUGCGCGGUGGAAAGAGGAGUAUCUCAAGGAACUCCACAAACGCAACAAAUGGCAAUUUCCGACCCGAAACAUCAAAAUUGACGAUAUGGUGGUAGUUAAGGAGGAUAAUUUGCCCUCGAACGAAUGGCGGCUCGGCAGAAUUGUUUCUGUUUUCCCCGGAGCCGAUGGCCGAGUUCGAGUGGCUGAAGUCCGUACGGCGCGCGGCACAAUAAAACGGCCCGUGCAUAAGGUUAUCCUUCUCCCUAUGGAGAGCAAGGAACCGGCUACUUCCAGCCAUUAA